AUGGCCAAGGGUUUUAAGUUGAAGGAGCUGUUGUCUCACGAAAAGGAACAACAAAAGAUCGAUAAGGAAGACGCUAUCAAACUUUCUAAACAGAAGGAGGCCGAAAAGAAUGCUACUGUUAAAGUCAUCUCAAGUAAAGAUCUAGAAGAGGCUAAUGAAAAAGAAGCCGCUGAUGCUGCUGCUGCUGCUUCUGCCGCAGCUGAGAAGGCUUCUAAGGAUGAAGAAGGUGAAGAAUACAAGAGUGAAGCUCUUUCCAAGAAGGAUCAAAGAAAAGCUAAGAAACAAGCUAAGAAACAAGAAUCCCGUCUAGAGAUUGAAAGACUAGCUGAAAGUGAAUCUGAAUCCGAAAUCGAGAAUGAUGUUGAAAGUGAAAAAGAAGAAGAAGAAGAAGAAGAUGUUCCAUUAUCCGAUGUUGAAUUCGAUUCAGAUGCGGAUAUCGUACCAUACCAAAAGGUUACUAUCAAUAACGUCAAAGCUUUGAACCAAGCCCUUGAUAAUGUUCAAUUACCUUGGGGUAAGCAUUCGUUCCAAGAACAUCAAAGUGUUAUCUCUGAGGAAAAUACUGAUGCAAAGAUCAAGGAUAUUUAUGACGAUACUGAGAGAGAAUUAGCUUUUUACAAACAAUCCUUAGGUGCUGUUGUACAUGCUCGUGAUGAAUUGAAGAGAUUAAAGGUCCCAUUCUUGAGACCUUUAGAUUAUUUUGCUGAGAUGGUUAAGAAUGAUGAACAUAUGGAUAAGAUCAAGAGCGAAUUAGUUAGAGAUGCCAGUGAGAAGAAGGCCCGUCAAGAAGCUAGAAGACAAAGAGAUCUAAAGAAAUUUGGUAAGCAAGUACAAGUUGCCACUUUACAGAAGCGUCAACUGGAGAAGAAAGAUUCUCUAGAUAAGAUCAAGAAUCUAAAGAAGAAAAGAAAACAAAAUGAAAUAACUGGUGAUGACUUUAAUGUUGCUGUGGAAGAAGAAACUGAAUCGCGUGCUGAAAAGUAUGGUAGACCAAAUUCUAAGAGAUCUGCUAAGAACUCCAAGUAUGGUCAAGGUGGUCUAAAGAGAUUCAAGAGAAAGAAUGAUGCUGAAUCUUCUGCUGACAUAUCAGGAUUCUCACAAAGAAGAAUGAAGGGUAAGCCAGCCAGACCAGGUAAGAGCAGACGUAGUAGAAGACAUUGA